UAUCACUUUUCCUCCCUUUCCCUUUCCUCAAGCGAUCUCUCUCUCUCUCUCUCUAUCUUCAUUUACUGCCAGCCAGCCAUGGCUAUGAGAAAUUCACGCAGACCUCGCUUCUCAUCAUCAUCAUCUACCACCUACACUACUACUUUCUAUGAAGGCCAUGAUUAUGCUCCUCCUCAAUCCAAUUCCAAAACCACUGAAAUUCCCAUCUCUCACACUUUACCAGCUUCACAAGAACCUUCGGCGGCGGCUACCAAGAUUCAAGCAUCUUACCGAUCUCAUGUUGUCCGAUCACUCGUCCGUAAGAUAUCUGCUAUCAAUUCCGAAGCAAAUCGAUUGGAAACACUUAUCCAGCUACAGGAAACAGUCGACGCAAUUAGAUUCGACAGCCGCGAACGAAUCAAGAUGAAUGAGGCCUUGAUGAAGCUGCUUCUCACCCUCGAUUCCAUUCCCGGCGCUGAUCCAUCUGUCAAGGAGUUUAGGAGGCGUACCAGUCGUCGGAUCGUGGGGCUACAGGAGAUCUUGGAUGCAGUUUCCGACACCAAAAUGAGCGAUUGGGAUGGAUUAAUGGGAAAUUGGUAUGAUGCCCUGGCUGAGAUUGAAGGAGAAGUUUGUAGAGAAAGAGGCGGCCAUGAAAUGGAGAAGUUUUGUGCUGAGAACUUGGGUUUUCAAUGCUUCCAGAGGUUUCUUAGCGAAUAAUAGUUAUGGUGAUCUUCUUCCUGCUGGACAUGGACAUGGCCAUGGCUAGGAUUAAUGUACAUGUCAUCCUGGACCCAACCCAGUACUUCACAGACCGAUUCUGGUUCUGGUUCUGGUUCUGGCCAUGUUAUGGCUGUAUUGC